AAUAAUGUGAUUAAAUUGGAAGAAAUAUUAAGUAUUCCCGAGCAGAAUUAAAUGCUGAUCCAAAUUGAAUCUCCACUCAAAAUGCACAUCGUAAUAGUGAAGAAGAGUGUUAUAAAGAUCAAUUAAGAUGUUUACUUACAUAAAAUACUGAUUAAUAAUUUUAAAGCAAUUAUUAAUUUGAUAAAGAAGAAAACAACGAAUGGGCUGAAGGAUCCUAGAAUGAAUACUAUGAAUAUUUUAAAACUUGGACUACCCGUAUUGUUGCUGCUUAUAUUUUUAUAUGUUUUGCUGACAUAUUUUUUUCCUUCACGUACUAAUACUUUUUAUAAUGAAGAUCAAAUAUUUGAAGCUCGAAGUAUUUUUUUUCUCGAAACUUCAGGAGCAUCACAUUUAAAUAUACGUCAAGCCUGCGCAGUAGAAUCAACUUCGAGACAUUAUCCUUUGUUUUCUAUUACGGUUUUAAUGACGACUCAAACAUUAAUUACAAAUACUUUUAAUGUGUCCAAUGUGCAAUUUAAAAAGAUCACAUUUGAGGAACUUUUAGCAGAAACUCCACUGAGUGAAUGGUAUCGUCAGAAAAAUUGGGAAAAGAGUGAAUACAAAAUAAAUCAUUUAAGUGAUGCAGCUAGGUAUGCUCUGAUCUGGAAAUUCGGGGGAAUGUAUUUUGAUCUCGACAUCGUGAUGUUAAAACCUUUAUCUUUAUUAACAAACUUUAUAGUGAAGGAAAAUGAAAAUACUUUAGCAAAUGGUAUUUUAGGAAUGACACGUCACCAUACUCUAUUAUACAACUGCAUGAAAACAUUUGCAAAGAUAUAUAAUCCCAAUUGUUUUAAUUGUGUUGGCCCUCAUCUUAUCACUAACGAGCUUGUGAAGUUUUGCAAUGGGCACAGCAUAUCUGACGUCGAAAGAAAAGGUGACUGUGAUAUUACUUUAAUGAAUUCGACUACAGCUUUUCCUCUUCCUUAUUUUCAAUGGAAAGAUUAUUUUCUAAACUCUUCAACUCUUGAUACUCUUCGUAAAAUGAAGAAUUCUUAUAUGAUUCAUGUAUGGAAUCAAUUAUCAUCCAAAAAUAUUUUAUAUACAGGUUCAGGAAGUGCAUAUGAAAUAACGAUGACAAAAAAUUGCCCUUUUGUUUACUCAGAAGCAGUUAAAAUUGGAAAAAUAUAAUGAUUUAAUUAACUGAAUUAUUCUCUUUAUCCUCUAUUUCCUCAAUUUUAUUGUAUAUUUUUUCUUAAAUUUUUAAUAUAUUUUAAUUAAUUUUUCGAUAGAACGAUUUUCGGUAACAAAAGCGUAUAAAAAUUGUUAUUGUUGUAUGGUUUUAUAUAGCAAUAUAAAGGAAAUCAAUGCAAGAAAUAUAUUCUUUACUUAAAUUAAUUCGUUAAUAAUUUAUCUCUAACAUAACCAGUAGCCUAUAAUGAAUGGAAGAUAUUUUUUUUAAUGUG